UCGGGAACUAAGCCACAACUGCACACCCCUAGUCAUGUCCAGCUAUCCCCAGCACACAAGUACAUCAUCUCCAGAAUCCCCAGAUUCCCAAAACGGCUCCACCCAGCUCAAGUACAUCUCCAAGGCCCAACGGGGGGAUCCCAGCAACCACGAAGGAUUCACUGCGCGCCAUGGGUCCCACUCUCCAGCCUGCCGAAUGAAAAAACAUCAGCGUCCCCAUGCCUCCGAGAUUCUCCCAUGCUCCACGGUUGAAAAAAGGACUAAAAUCGAGCCGUCCCCUAAUUCAUUGGCCCUUCUUUUCGGGCCUCCUCGUCUAUAAAUCUGACGCCACCGGUUCCCCCAAUCUCCCCACGCCACAUCUCCCAAAGUCCCCCCAAUCCUCUCUUCCGAUCCGUGUACCACAACCACUUUCCUAACCGGAAGAAAAUUUGAAGGGCGUGUGUUUAGGGGCGGCGCGAAGAUGUCGACGUGCGCGGCGGACCUGGCGCCGCUGCUGGGCACGGCGGCGAUGAACGCGACGGACUACCUGUGCAACAGGUUCGCGGACACCACGUCGGCGGUGGACUCCACGUACCUGCUCUUCUCGGCCUACCUCGUGUUCGCCAUGCAGCUGGGCUUCGCGAUGCUCUGCGCGGGCUCCGUCCGGGCGAAGAACACGAUGAACAUCAUGCUGACGAACGUGCUCGACGCCGCCGCCGGGGCGCUCUUCUACUACCUGUUCGGCUUCGCCUUCGCCUUCGGGACGCCGUCCAACGGCUUCAUCGGCAAGCAGUUCUUCGGCCUCCAGCACAUGCCGCAGACCGGCUUCGACUACAGCUUCUUCCUCUUCCAGUGGGCCUUCGCCAUCGCCGCGGCCGGCAUCACCUCGGGCUCCAUCGCCGAGAGGACGCAGUUCGUCGCCUAUCUCAUCUACUCGGCGUUCCUCACCGGGUUCGUGUACCCGGUGGUUUCCCACUGGAUCUGGUCCGCCGACGGGUGGGCCUCCCCGGUCCGCACGUCCGGCCCGCUGCUGUUCAACUCCGGCGUCAUCGACUUCGCCGGCUCCGGGGUUGUGCAUAUGGUCGGCGGCAUCGCCGGGUUCUGGGGCGCCUUCAUCGAGGGGCCUCGCAUCGGCCGGUUCGACCACGCCGGCCGCUCCGUGGCGCUCAAGGGCCACAGCGCGUCGCUCGUCGUGCUCGGGACCUUCCUGCUGUGGUUCGGGUGGUACGGGUUCAACCCGGGGUCCUUCGUCACCAUCCUCAAGUCGUACGGGCCUCCAGGCAGCAUCAACGGGCAGUGGUCGGGCGUGGGCCGCACCGCCGUGACCACGACGCUGGCGGGCAGCGUGGCGGCGCUCACGACGCUGUUCGGGAAGCGGCUGCAGACGGGGCACUGGAAUGUGGUGGACGUCUGCAACGGCCUCCUCGGCGGGUUCGCGGCCAUCACCGCGGGCUGCAGCGUGGUUGACCCGUGGGCGGCCGUCAUCUGCGGGUUCGUGUCGGCGUGGGUGCUCAUCGGGCUCAACGCGCUCGCGGCGCGCCUCAAGUACGACGACCCGCUCGAGGCCGCGCAGCUCCACGGAGGCUGCGGCGCGUGGGGGGUCAUCUUCACGGCGCUCUUCGCCAAGCAGAAGUACGUGGAGCAGAUCUACGGCGCCGGCAGGCCGUACGGGCUGUUCAUGGGCGGCGGCGGGCGGCUCCUCGCGGCCCACGUCGUGCAGAUCCUGGUCAUAGCCGGGUGGGUGACCUGCACCAUGGGCCCGCUCUUCUACGCGCUCAAGAAGCUGGGGCUGCUGCGCAUCUCGGCCGAGGACGAGACGGCAGGCAUGGACCUGACCCGGCACGGCGGCUUCGCGUACGUCUACCACGACGACGACGACCACGACAAGUCUGGGGUUGGUGGCUUCAUGCUCAGGUCCGCGCAGACCCGCGUAGAGCCGACGGCGGCGACCAACAACAACCAGGUCUAGUGUAACGGAUCAACAGCAAUACGUAACAAGAAGAAAAACUAUGCGUUUGCAUUUCUGUUCUCGCGCGCGCGCGUCAUAUCCCCAUGACCCCCCAUCAUAUGCGAUCCGAUAUUUUUCUAGUGCUGUUUGGGCCAAUGCUCUGCCGCGGCUCGUGUGUUGCAAGAUUGUAAAGUUACAGUAGGACGAGGUUAAAUUACUGGGCUAUUUUUCUGGGUUUUUUGUGUGUGUACAUGCGUGUGUCUGUGUGGAUGGAAUAUCUGCACGGCCUGGGUUUUUCGAUCGUGCUGAUAUUGUCAUUUUUGUGGUGGAACUUUAUAUGAUCAUAAGGAUGUGGUCAAGAUAGGCGGCUGCAGAGGUUGAAUUGGUUACAUU